AUCUCGUCUACUCUCGUUCUACUCUGGCUGCUCUCGCGAUAACUCAGUAACAUUUAACUAUACUACAUUUAUCAGUACAAGACAGAUUUCCUGUAAAUCACAUGACACCGGCAGCUCAGGUGCUGCUUUGAAUACAGACAGCCUGCUGCUCAGUUCAGGCUUCACAGAAGAAGCAGAAUAUCAGCGCAUUAGAAGCCUUCUCGAAUUUAAUGUGCAUCAUGUUGCCCUCUACGGGCUGGAGAUUGUAACUGCUGGACUAAACUGCAUAACAAACGAGCACCAGUCUUGUGAAAUGGUGGGAAAGAGAUCUGAAAGUUUGGGCGACUGCAGUUCCCUCAGCACCCCGACUUCCCACGUCCUCGAUAUCAGCAACAGAACACCAAUCAUGGCAGAUUUUCAUAAUUCCUCUGAAAGGAAUGAAGACUUGGACACUUCAACAGAAACACAACUAAAUGAAAUCAGAAGAAACAGCAGAACAAUAGAAGGAUUCAUCACAAGAUAUAUUCUCAACACAAGGAGUGUAUUUGAUGGUGAAGGACUGAAGAGAGAAGCAUUUGGAGAAAAAGACACCAACAAACCUCACAAAACCAUCUUACUAGUGGGAGAAACAGGAACAGGAAAGUCAACUGUUAUCAAUGCCAUGGUCAAUUACCUGCUGGGUGUUGAAAGUAAAGACAGAGUUUGGUGUGAGAUCAUAGAGACAAAAGAAAACCAAACCAAUACUCCGACAAAUGCAGUCACAGUAUAUGAUGUGUUUACUGAACACGACCCGUUAUCCCUGACCAUCAUCGACACACCUGGAUUUGGACACACUGAUGGUAUUCAGGAGGAUUUAAAUGUAGCUGAAGGUUUACAUGAGUUAAUUAGAUCUAAAGAUGAAGUUCAUGAAAUUGAUGCAGUUUGUCUUGUGGUGACCUCAACCACUGCUCACAUCACUGACAGACGGCGGUAUAUUUUUAAUGCCGUUCUCUCAUUAUUUGGCCAUGACGUGGAGAAAAACAUUGUUGUGUUCGUCACACACGCUCCGAGAAAACCUACAAAUGUCAUUAAAGCCAUCAAGGAAUUCAAAAUCCCGUGUGCUCAGACUGAUAAAGGGGAGCCUGUGUAUUUCAGGUUCGACAACAGUUCCUGUGAAUACUGAUGAGGAAAUAUUAGAGGAUUAUGAAGCUUCAUGGAAACUGAUAAACAAAACAAUGGAGAGCUUUCUGACCUUUCUGAAAGAAAGUAAAGCCAUAAGUUUGAAAAUAACUGAAGCAGUGCUGAGAAAACACAAACAACUGACAGCAUCCAUCUCCAAUCUAAAGGAUCGAAUCACACUGACGGAACUAAAACAAAAAGAGCUUCAGCAGGCAAAAGAGGCUUUACAGGAACAUGAGAAAAAAGGCGACCAUCAUAACUGGGAAUAUGAAGUGGAUGAGACUUACAAAGACAAGGUACCAAUAGAAUUUAGCUGGCGGAACAUGUUCACCAGAUAUGACAGUGAUCAUGUCAUCAGACAUGUCAGAGACAGAGAUCUCUCAUGGUGUCGUGUCAUGUCUGAGGCUAAGUGCACAGUGUGUACUGGGAAGUGUCGGGUCAGUGAUCAUACAAAAGAAAACAAAAUCUAUGUGAGUAAGACAAGGAAGGUCAAGAAGACAAAGGAAGAUCUGAAAAAGAAAUACGAGACAGAGUCUAGAGAGAAAAAGAGCUUGAUAAGUAAACUGGAGAAAGAAAAAACAGAAAUGGAGAACAAAAAAAUCAGACUGGUGAAUGAGUGUUGAGUGUGUGCUAGCGCUUGAGGAGAUCGCCUUAAAGCCUGACUCUGUGUUUACACUGCAGCAUCUGGACUAUUUGAUUGAGAAAGUGAAGGAAACAGGAAACACAACCCAAGUGCAGAAACUUGAAGAAAUAAAACAAAGAGCUGAUGAUAAACAGGUGGCAAAGCUAAUACAAUGGUUCAGCACAAUGCAAAUGAAAUAGGAGUUAAUCGGAGAAAAUUGGAAAAGAAGUGAGCUUCAUUGAAAUUGUAGUAAUCACAUGAUGUGCACAGUAUAGGUAAUUCAAAAGUAUUGCCACCCAAAAGAUAUAAAAUUUGUGUAAAAUAAUUAAGUGAUUUAUGAAUGACUGAGCAAUAAGACUAAUGAAAGUGUCUCUAUACAUAUUAUAAAUCUUAAAUUACUUGGAUAUUCAUCAUGGUCCAAAAUUAAUUUAAAAUAAUUUCUAUUCAAUUAACUUUAAAUUAGGGUGUUUCACAUAAAUCUUCAUUUCUCUAAUGACUGUUUCUGACGCUUUGAGGUAAAAUGUAAUUAAAAUCCCACUGUCAGGUUUUUUGUCUAUUAUUCGUUUAAUUCCUCAGUAAUUACAUUUAAGUACGAGUGUUUUUUUUUAAACCAUUCUAUUUGUUAGGGGUGGCGAGAUUAGGAUCCAGAAGCAGAACACACAGGCAGUAAUCCAAUAAAUAAUGAGAUUUAAUUCAGGGAAAGGGUGUGGCAAAAAAGGUAAACAAACAAAUGACAAAAAAAAUAGUCCAGGUAAAAAGAGACAAAAAACUUGACAAAAACACAAGACAGACAAAAACGCUAGAGCAAAAAAACCAUAAACAAGAAAAAAAAACCUAAGUGCAAAAACCAUGAAACACAAAAAAGGCACAAAAACGACUAGAACAGCAAAACAGGACGUUCUGGCAAAAUCAGGGUCUGAAAACGGCUUAUUUAUACACAGCAGAGAGAACCAGGAAGUGAAUUCCCGUCCUGGAUCCGGAUUAGCGCUGAGCUGGGAGAUAAGUAAUCUCCAGAGUGAAAGUCCGGAGUGGAGCAUGACAAUUUUUAGAGCUGUUUUUUGUCCAGGACGUUGUGUGAAGAUUGAUGCCAUCACGAAUUCUUCCAAAUUCUACCAAACUUUAGCCUGAGACUUGGUUGCCUCUGCCAGGAGGUCAAUUUGUAGUCGUACCGUCGAUUGCUCUUUCAGAAAUCAUUAUGUCGGAAUUUAAUUUUAUGAAGGAUGGCAAUAAUCCUGGUGGUGACUUUUGGGUCUCUUCUACAUCAUAGACUCUCGAGAAAACAUGGAAAGCCAAUUAAUGUAUCAUUUUCACCAGUUGUUUAACUUUAUCUGGUCAGUAAACAUGAUUAUAAGAGAGUGACAAUUUUAUAUCUGUCAGUUAACAAACAACACAACUCCAAGUAAACACGUUUUAAAAUGAACUGGAGCUUCUGUCAGUUCUACAGAGAUAAAUAGACAAACAUGAACAACAGAUGAAGUAAAGUUGAGUUCUGAUAGAUAGUUUUCACUGACGUCACGGCAUUCCGGGGAACGCCCCCCAGCCGCCAUCUUGGAGGGCAAACAAAACGGACCAUCGCCACUACCGGCUACGUUAUCUCGGACGAAUUUAUGAAGUUAUAUAGUCAGUUUUCUAAAAUAAAGAUCAAUGUCGGCAAAAUCAAGCAAACAGAAGUAUAUAGAUACAUUAGACGACAUCUCACGACAACGGUAUGCAGCCAAACUGGCCUUGAUUGGGGGAAUUGACCCCUACGAAGUGGACAAAGAUGCAUUUUCAAGUGACUAUGCAGGGCUGCCAAAGCCUGAAACUGCCAAAGCCUGAAACUGACUUCAUCAAACUUUAAAGGCUGAAAGGCUGUCUGAUAUAUACAACUUUAUAUAUUCACAGCGCACCUUUUAUCACGCAGAUCCGGUUUUUUUUUUUUUUAGGGGGGGCGUUGGGAGUGUCUGAUUAUAAUUUCAAAGUAAAUUCUGUAUUAAAAUUACUAAAUAAGCAAAUCCAUUACAGUCCAUGAAACAGGAAGUAUAAGGAUGAGAAAAAAACAGUUUAAAUCGGGAAGCUGCGCACAUUUGCGCAGUCCUGCACACCGCUCAGGCUGCACAGCUUCCCGAUUUAAACUGUUUUUUAAAUCUGCGCGAUUCAGGCGGCAUCCGCCAAAAGGCGCGCUGUUUGCAUCCCAAACACAAAUCAAAUCAUACAGAAUAGACCUAAAAUGUUUUUCAAAAAUGAGCCUUGCGUGAGUGAAGUGACAAGUUUCAAAUAGAAACGUGACAAACGAGCGAUAUUAAGUGUACAUUACAAUGUAAACGUACACUCAGCGGUUCCAGUUAGGCAUUCUCCAGAGAUUGUUCACAUGAUGUUUUGGUUUCCAAAAACAAACUUAAACACAAUUGAUUGUUUAUUUAAACAACUUACCACUUAUAAAAUGAUCGGAGCAGACUUUGCUGUGUUUGGAAGGCUGAUAAUCCUUGCGGUUGAUUCUCGCAAGCCAUAGAUUUCUCCUUUGUAUGCUGAGUGCUCCCGUACAGUGGGAAUUCCAUAAAAGCUCCGCUUGACUUCAUCAUCUGACCUAUUAAGACAGCCGUGAAUACAACAAGUGUGCACCAUUGCAAGUUUUAAAUAGUAGGAAUGUAACUAUAAAUGUAAAUAAUAUAUAAAUGAAUGUAACUCGCGUGCUACAAUGUGUGCUCAGUGACCCGUACGGUAAGCUUGCCCUCCAAGAUGGCCGCCACCAGGGAAUCCCCGACUCUGUGACGUCAUGUGAAAACUAUCUCUAAAAUGUUCUUCAGAGGACUUGAAGCAUGAACAAAACAAACAAAGGCAAGGCAACAACCAGGAACAAACAAAACCAAAAUCAAGAGAAGGCAACAACAAGAACCACAUAACAUCGAUACAGACAACAUCUGUACAGAUACAGACUUCUCAGGAAAAACAACCAUCAAACCACUGAAGAGAGACCACACAGAACGUUAAUAGUUCAAUUGAGGUGUGCACAAACACAGGAAACCAAUCGAACAACCAAAGAACACAACCAAAAUAUCAGUGAGGGUCCUCUCUGCUGGUCUUGAAAGGAAUUGUUCUUGGUGGACGUGACUGUGGGGCAUUUUAUGCUGCUAAAUUAAGAUGUUUUCAUGGGAAGAAGGCAUUACAACAAAAAUCAGUAAAAUUUUCAGACUGCAGAAGAACAUCAUUUUGAAGGACAGCCUUCCAGACAUCAGCUUCACCAGUUGGUUUCAUUCCCUGAGGAAAUGCACUGGGCCAUAGGAAUGGAAUGGAAAAUCCACUGUCCUCAUCAGUCUUUGUCAAGAAAAAGUAAAACUGGAUUGUGACACACUGCCUGUUGUUUUAUGUAUUAUUUAUAAUCAUUGCCUAACUGAGCAUCCUCUCAGUGUUGGAGCUCCAUCUUCCUCUGAUUCUGGAGCGGUAAAGCAGUAAUGGAGGUGUGGAAGUGGUUUCAUGCUGUUUGUCAGCACAUGGACAAACCAGAAACAAAGACGCGAACUAAGAGACGUCCUGACUGACCUCUCCACUGAUCACCUGUCCAUACCUGUUCCAGAGUCGCAUACAGGCCAGAAAACAGCAAGAAUUUCAUCUUUAUCUUGGAUAGAACGCAUCUAAUAUCUUCCUCUGGCAAUUGAUGUAAUUUUUAAACUUGUUGGUAGUCUUGGGGACGAGAUAUAAUCAGAAAAUAUUGGACUUCAUGGCAGUAACAGUCACUCUGCCUCGUGUUGUACAGCAUCACAGGGUUCCAUACACACACGUUUUAGAUAAGACAGUCCACCUACUGAGGUGUAGUUUGAAAGGAAACUGGAGAGACAGACACGAGGAGAACAUGAGGAACCCCACAGUCUGUACCCUGAGAUCAGGAUUGAACCAGUGACCCUGAAGCUGUGAGUCGAGAACGCGACCCGCUGAACCAGCAUGCAGCCCACAUUAUACUGUAUACAUUUAUUAAUCACAAUCUAUCUCCAUCUGUCUAUACGACAAUCUAUCUUGAUAUAAUUUUUGAAAUUCUUUAUUUCUAAUUUCGGUAUUGUAACUGUAAGUGCUUGCAAAAACCUUCUGUGGUCAGUCGGGCCUCAGGAUGAGUAAGAUUUGCUGUUUAUUAUUAUUAUUAUUAGUAGUAGUAGGAACAAUAGUGUGUUCGAGCAGUCUAAUGCAGUUAUAAUACUGUAUCAACUGAUAAUUGUGACACUUUGACCCAUCAUAUUGUUUGAACAGUGAUCUGAUUUUACUCUUUCCUUGAAUGUUUAAAAAAAUGUAUCAAACCAACAAUUUAAACAAUUUAACCCCCACUAGGCCACCAGGGGGAUGACUAAAAUGCAGAGGCGUGAGGCGGAAGUAGAAAAAGUAUCAAACAACAGUUUAUUUACACUAUGUACAAUAUUUACAAUCCGAUGAAAAAACAAAAAAAAAGAAAAUCCAAAAGCUCAGAAGAUAACAAAAAUAAAAAUAUCCAAAGGUGCAAAGUCCAAAAACAAAAGGAAAGGCAAAAUGCUGAACGCUCAGAAGAUCCAAAAACACAGUAAAUACUUAAGUCCAAAAGAAAAGCAAAGUGCAAAACAAAGAACACGGUACAGAGGAAACUGGAGAUAAACAUAACAGCACAAAGACUCCGUGACAAGAGGACUGAACUCAGGGGGUAUAAAUACACAAACUAAAUUGAACACAGGUGAAAAUAAUCAGGACUAAACAGGCAAUUAACAAAAACACAAAACACAGGAACAGUGGCGGCCUCUAGAGGCCAAAACAAACAUGACACGAAAAGGAAAUAACAGCGGCCUCUAGAGGCCAAAACAGUCCCAGUCCGAACAGGUAUUGUAACUGUAAGUGCUUGCAAAAACCUUCUGUGGUCAGUCGGGCCUCAGGAUGAGUAAGAUUUGCUGUUUAUUAUUAUUAUUAUUAUUAUUAUUAGUACUGUAGGAACAAUAGUGUGUUCGAGCAGUCUAAUGCAGUUAUAAUACUGUAUCGACUGAUAAUUGUGACACUUUGACCCAUCAUAUUGUUUGAACAGUGAUCUGAUUUUACUCUUUCCUUGAAUGUUUAAAAAAUGCAUCAAACCAACAAUUUAAAGAAAAUUACAAACAAAAUUCUUGCAACACAAUAUGUACUUUCACAAAAUUCUGUUUUAUGGUUUGAUAAUUUUCAUGGAGUUUUUAAUUUCUC